AUGUCUACAAUUAGUAAUGAAGCAUUGCCGGCUUCGGGAUCGAGGUCUAUCGAAGUAAUAAGCAACCCUGCACCGAUUGAAGGCAGCGAACGUGACUCCGAAGACUGUACCUACGGCGAAGCUCUCGUGCCCCAUCGAGUUAUCCUUGACUUCACUCCUAAUGAAGAAUGUGACAAUGACUUCGUUCAAAGAAAAUGUGUUGCAUUUUGGGACUUCAUUAAUAGCAAGCCUGAAUUAAAUAAUCUUUGUGCUAUAUCAGACCAAAGCUAUGAUCUAGAUCUAUCUGAAGUCAGUGUUGAACCUGAUAGUAUAAGAUCUACUGGAUUGAAGGCACUUCCGCCGGAUUCACCAAAAAAUCAAGAAAAAACUGCAGUUUCUAUGCUAGAAUUCGUCGAAGAAAAGGGUCUCAUCGAUAGAGCGUUUGAAGCAAGACUGCCGAAAUUGCAUUGUGAUUUGGACCUGGUGUCUUAUUCCAAUGAGACAUUUGUAUCGAAAGUUUCUACACUAUCUGAAUCACCAUCAAGUAAGCCAUACAAACAAAAUAAACAACGCAAAAAGCCUGAUAAGGUUUCUUCACCUAAACUGAGAAAGUUUUGUAAGAAUCUGCAAAAGUGGAACGUGGAACAUCCUAAAUCCAUGGCUCAGCCAGGUCCUGUUCCCGUGCUGCAAGCUGACGUCAAACUUUUAUAA